GUGUAGAGUUGUGCAGGGUUAUGGAGGGUGUUGAGACGUGGAGAACUUUACUAUGCCUUCCAGUGAAUGUUCAAAGAGGAUAUUGUGUAUUCGUUUUGUGUUUUAGGGUGUUUGUUACAUGUGAUGCGGUCUGAAUGUGCGUUAAGAAGUUUAAUCGGAAGAACUGAGGAGCAGAAGCAGCCAUGGACGGAGCUUGGGCUGUUGUUCUCAUUUCUCUGGCUAUGUUCGUGGGAUGUUUCGUUCUCGGGAUAAUUCCACUAUUGAUCAAUUUAUCAGAGCAGAAACUACAGCUGAUAACUGUGCUGGGGGCGGGGCUUCUAUGUGGCACUGCUCUGUCAAUCAUCAUCCCAGAGGGGGUGGAGUUAGUGCAGGAGUCAUGGAAAGACUGGUAUUGCUCCACUAUGGGAGAGAAUCAAAAUAUGUCUGAAUCAAAUUCAACACUUCAUCAAGCCACAAAGAAAGGUCUGCGUCCUCACUUUUUCAUAGGAGUCUCUCUCGUCUUGGGCUUUACGCUCAUGUUUGUGGUGGACCAGAUUGCCAGCUACUGCUCCAUGCAAGAGCCCAGAGCGCGCAUGUACAGUGGCAACAGUGUUACUGCCACCCUGGGUCUGCUUAUUCACGCCGCAGCUGACGGUGUUGCUCUGGGUGCAGCUGCGGCCUCAUCGCAGGUGUCCGUGCAGGUUGUCGUGUUUUUUGCUGUCAUUUUGCAUAAGGCUCCAGCUGCAUUUGGCCUAGUGUCUUUCCUCAUGCAUGCAGGUCUGGAGAGGAAGACUAUUCAGAAGCAUUUACUAGCAUUUUCUGCUGCUGCACCGCUGAUGGCCAUCAGCACUUACUUCAUCCUGAGUGUAUCUAAUGGCUCUUCUCAGAGCCGCCUGAGUGCUACAGGCAUUGGCAUGCUGUUCUCAGCUGGGACUUUCUUAUAUGUGGCCACGGUGCAUGUGCUGCCCGAAAUCAACAGCAGAGGGCAUCAGCGCUCCACUCACCUCCACCAUCACGCAGGAAAUGGAGCCUAUCAGCAGCAGGGUGGUCUGGGCAUCACAGAGAGCCUGACUCUCAUCCUGGGGACUGGACUUCCUGUGCUUUUGGCCCUCGGACUGCCAGACGAUUAAUCUGUAAAAACAAUUCAAGAGCCAAACACUGACGUGUAAUAUUUCAUUUUAAAAUGUUUAUAUUUUUGUCAACACUUGAGAAUGCUCUAUGAGAUUUUUUUGUCUUUGUCAUGAUUACUGUUAUGAAACUCCCCAUAUUUUCUGUUUUAUCUAUUAGACAGUUUUUACUAAUUGUUUUAUUAGCCGAGAAACAAACUAUCAGCUUGUGGUGUUUUUAUGUCCAUUGUCAAAGACAAAAAAGAUUAUAGUAUUUUAUAUUCUUAUAUCUAGAAUCAAAUUUUAUUGUGUCCUAGAAAUGAAGUAAUUUUUCUCACUGCCAUAAAGUUUCAAAACAUAAGUGCAAUAGAGUGAUCUUUCCCAAAGAAUUUUAAAGUGUUUAUUUUUCUGAACUUUUUUAUUAAACUAAGAAUGCCUUAUAUUAAUAUAAACCAAUGUUUAUUUUGAAAACUAUAAUGCAGUGCAAUCUGAAAUACAUGCACAUUGUGAUGGCAGGACAAUCUCUCUGGUACGCAACAAUCUAUUAAAGCCAUAAAAGUU